UGAGGGGGGAUCUCGCGAUUGUUGGACUUUCUUUUUUUUUUCGGGGAGGGGGGGGAGGAAUAGUUAUUCAGAAGAUGGCGCCCGUCGUGACGGGGAAGUUUGGUGAGAGUCCUCAGCCUCAACGUUUAACGAGGGAGGCCAUGAGGAAUUACUUGAAGGAAAAAGAUGAUCAAACCGUGCUCAUACUGCAUGCAAAAGUUGCUCAAAAGUCUUAUGGAAAUGAAAAAAGGUUUUUCUGUCCUCCGCCGUGUGUGUAUCUGAUGGGCACCGGCUGGCAGAAGAAGUCAGAGAAAAUGGAGAAGGAGGGCUGCACAGAGCAGGAGGCCCAGCCGUGCGCGUUCAUCGGGAUCGGCAACAGCGAGCAGGAGAUGCAGCAACUCCAUCUGGAGGGAAAGCACUUCUGCACAGCAAAGACUUUGUACAUCAGCGACUCAGACAAGAGGAAGCACUUCAUGCUGUCUGUGAAGAUGUUGUACGGGAACAGCUCAAGCAUCGGAGUCUUCCUCAGCAAGCGGAUCAAAGUCAUCUCCAAGCCCUCCAAGAAGAAGCAGUCCCUGAAAAAUGCAGAUUUGUGUAUAGCGUCUGGGACUAAAGUGGCCUUGUUCAACCGUCUGCGCUCCCAGACGGUCAGUACCAGGUAUCUGCACGUGGAGGGGGGGAACUUUCACGCCAGCUCCCAGCAGUGGGGCGCCUUCUUCAUCCACCUCUUGGAUGAUGACGAGUCGGAAGGGGAGGAGUUUGCGGUGAGAGAUGGCUACAUUCACUACGGUCAGACGGUGAAGUUGGUCUGUUCGGUGACUGGCAUGGCCCUACCCAGACUGGUCAUACGCAAAGUGGACAAACAAGCAGCGUUGAUGGAUGCGGAUGACCCGGUGUCUCAGCUUCACAAGUGUGCCUUCUACCUGAAAGACACUGAGAAGAUGUAUCUGUGUCUUUCACAGGAGAGGAUCAUCCAGUUUCAGGCAACACCUUGCUCCAAAGAGAUCAGCAAGGACAUGAUUAACGAUGGAGCUUCCUGGACGAUAAUUAGCACCGACAAGGCAGAAUACACCUUUUUUGAAGGCAUGGGCCCGGUCCUAACGCCGGUCACACCCGUCCCUGUGGUGGAGACUCUGCAGUUGAAUGGUGGAGGAGAUGUGGCCAUGUUGGAGCUGACGGGGCACAAUUUCACGCCUAACCUCAGAGUUUGGUUUGGAGAUGUGGAGGCAGACACCAUGUACAGGUGUGGAGAGAGCAUCCUGUGUGUGGUGCCGGAUAUCUCUGCCUUCAGGGAGGGCUGGCGUUGGGUGCGGCAGCCGGUGCAAGUCCCCGUCACGCUGGUCCGCAACGACGGGAUCAUCUACGCCACGGCGCUGACGUUCACGUACACCCCUGAGCCCGGACCCCGACCUCACUGCAGCGCCGCCGGGGCCAUCCUGCGCACUCACAGCACGUCUUCCUCAUCGCUGCCAGCGUUCACAGCCUCAGCGUCUCUGGGCGGCCUGAAGGACGGCCACAGGCCUUACGGCAGCAGUGACCUGCCGGUGCUGUCGUAGUGGCUGCUGCUUAGAGAAAAUGUGGACAAAUACUCCAAAGAGGCUGACGGACCUGAGAAAAACUGCAGAGAAGCCCCUGCGCUCUCGUUGGAACAGCUGUGAAAUGAUGAGGAAUCUUUGACGACGUCAAAGAACACACUUGUGCUGAGCGCCUGUACUGUGGCGCCCUCUGGUGGACGGCCGUGGGCAUGUCGGACACGUCAUGAGCUGCAUAGAGAUCCUCUCACCUGAAACAAGGUGAAAAUGGCAGUUGACUCUCAUAACGGGAUUUUUAAAACUGCUUUUUAUUCGUCUGAGGUUUUGAAGGCUAACUCCACUGUGUUUUCUCUUUUUUUUUUAAAUCACUAAGGUCAUUUUUU